AUCUCGUGAAACUACGUUUGUUUGGCGCAGAGUGAUAGUCGUGCAUCCUCCACGCGCGCCACGCCUGCUAUCUAGUGCGGUUACAUCCGCCCAUAGGUAGCUCCCAGGCACCCACCAAGCUUCCCCACUACACUUACGAUGUCGACGGCCAUGAGCCCCGCGAGCACAACCACGAUCUUCCCGCCACUAUACUCCUUCCCUCCCUUCUUCACUAGACAGCCCAACGCGGCAACCUGGACCGCGCAACGCACCGGCUGGAUCUCGUUUAUCCACCUGUACUGCCGCACACAUAAACUAUGGCGGCUGCACGUAGCCGACGCUCUCGACACGGAGCUGUUCCGUAACGCUACCCUCGGACGCCAGCUGAAACUUAAAGAUGCUAUGGAGGUCCUUGAGGGCAUGGUGGCCGAGGGAGGCGCCGAGUGGGCGGAUAAGGAGAAGACUACCGUCAUCGUGCUGUGGAGACGACAUGAAGAGUGGGGGAAUGUUAUAUAUGAUUGGAUCGAUGCGACGGGGCAGAAGGGCACUGUUCUUACGCUGUAUGAAAUCGCGCAUGGCGAUUUGACGCUGGAUCAAGAGUUCCACGGGAUAGAGGAGACAGUGUUAAAGAAGGCCCUGGGGGUACUAGUGAAGCGGGGGUCGGCACAAGUGUUCGGGACUGGCGACGAGAUGGGUGUCAAGUUCUUUUAGAGCACGAAUAACUAGCCUAUGGAUGCGAGAAGAAGGUUGCGUCUAGUUCUGGAUAUACACAAAGCAAACAGUGACAGCGACAUAGGAAACAAACCGGAAUCAUAAUACACAAAAGACCAUAGCAGCAAUAGCA